AACCGUCACGUGGGUCGUGUCCAGUGCACGAACCUGCCCUGCCCUGCCCGAGUCACGCCUACUUGCCUGUUCCAUCAAGGACGCAGGGGACUUCUCAAGCUGGGGAGCCCUUGUGUUGUUGUAUUCUUCCUUCCUGUGCUAGAGGAAAACUCCGGGCUCCUCUUGAAGGCGCAAAAUUCGAAUCUAAGUACCUUGGCUUGCCUAAGCUAUCCUCCCCGACCAAUCAGACCCGUAAUGGCAUGACUUGAAGGUUGGGUACGAUCAGAUUCGCUCGGUGGGACUAAUCUAGAGAAGCAAUGGUUUCCUGGCUCAUGCUUCGAUGCUCUGUCAAGAUACCACGCCCUUCCCUACUCGUGCUAUACGAGACCACCAGGUCCUACAGCACAAAGUCGUCCAAGCCUCUCCGGAUCCUUUUCUGCGGGUCGGAUGAUUUCAGCAGUGCCUCUCUCCGGGCACUCGAUGCUGAACGUGAACGGAACCCUCAGCUCAUCAAGUCUAUUGAUGUGCUCUGUCGUCCCGGCAAGCCUUCUGGGAGAUCUCUAAAGAACAUCAGAGAAGUCCCAAUCAAAGCCGUCGCGCAGGAGCUGUCACUUGCGGUCCAUGAGAGGGACACGUUUACAGGAUGGGACUUACCGAAGCCCCAGGGAGAGUCUAUAAAUCUCAUUAUCGCCGUUUCCUUUGGCUUGUUUGUGCCUCCCAGGAUUCUGAAAUGUGCCGAGUACGGAGGCUUGAAUGUCCACCCGUCACUUCUCCCAUUGUUUCGCGGCCCAGCACCCUUGCAGCACACGAUUCUGUCAGAUGCCCAAAAAACUGGAGUUACACUCCAAACCCUGGAUGACAAAUCAUUCGACCGUGGCAUCAUUCUUGCCCAGACGCCAGAUCCAUUUCUUUCGGUACCUAACUGGGAACACUGUAACUACCAUGAACUUCUUGAAUUUAUCUCGCCAAAGGCAGCGAGCUUGCUGGUUCAAGGACUGCGAGACCGGGUGUUUAUUCCGCCUCUCCUAAAUGUUGGACUCUUCACCAUUCAAGGUGACAGAUGCGAUUCCCUGGGACACAGGAAAACACACGCGACCAAGAUUACCCCUGAAGAUAGAAAAAUUGAUUUCCUUGCUUGGGAAGGAGACAGAAUCUACCGACACUAUCGUGCUCUAGGGCGUCUGUGGACGAAUGUAUGGAUUGACGCAAAGACGACGAAGCGUCUAAUAUUCGAAGAUAUCACUUUAGUCGAAAAGCCAAAAAUAACCUGGACCGAGAGUGGGGAGCAUAGACCUGGAGCGAGUGCCGAAAAACCAAACGAGAUGCAUUCUGUGGCUCCUCUCUUUGUUGUGGCAUCCAAGGUAGCCAAAACAUGGCAUCCCGUGAUGUAUGUCGAAGAUGGAAACGGUGUUAUUUUCAACACCAAUGACAGCGCAGUUCGAGUUGGAAGUAUCACUGUCGAGGGUCAGAGCAAGAAGACUGCUUCCAAAGCACUACGCAGUCUUCAGGAGUGUCUAGCGUUUGGAAAUUAUUCGAGAGGAAACGUUUAUGGAAGGCCAUAGACUAUUUGUCGAACUAGUAGAUCCCGACAAGACUGAAGAUGGGCGGUACCGCGAAGAUGGGGUGACAAAGACGCUCAGUGAUCGCCCAGGUCUCCUAUUGCCAUCA